AUUGACGAGUUUCCCUAUAAUUUCUCUUAAUAAUCUAUAGUUCUAAGUAAUAAUUCAAAGAAUAUAUUAACCUUUAAAAUAUAAUUUUAAUUUCCAAAUACUAAUAGCUUAAUUGAUAUUCAGUGAUUAGCAUUUAAGUGAAAUUCGCGGUAACACCCAGCUUGAUGGAACAAUCAUACAUCUUAUCAAUAAUUAUAGCGGGUGUAAUAUUAGUGAAGAAGCUGACGAAAAGAAACCGUCAACGUCGACGACGUCGUCCAGCUUAUCGUGUUCAACCUUAUCUGAGGCAACGCAAUACGAAAGGCCGAUAUGCCGUGGACUUUGAAGAUAUGAUGAUAAGCCCACAUCUCUUCACCGAAAAUUUCAACAUGACUGUAGCACAGUUCAACGCUUUAUACAGCAUGGUAGAGAACAAGUUGUCCCCGAAACGGAACACUCGACCAUAUGACACUAUUCCUCCAAAACUUAAAUUAGCUAUCGUUCUUGAAUUCAUGGCAUCCGGUGAUCUGCAACGGCAUAUCGCUUCAACGUACAGAGUCAGCAAGCAAUACCUUGGAACAAUAAUAGACCAAGUAUGCAAUGCACUGAUCGAAGUAUUGCAAUGCACUGUGCCGCAGUCGUCUAAAGAACAAUUUUUAGAAACCGCUAAUGGCUUCAAUUCAAUUUGGAAUUUUCCAAAUUGUGUAGGAGCUAUUGAUGGCAAACACGUUGCUGUCAAAGCUCCCUACAAUUCUGGCAGCAUGUUUUACAAUUAUAAGGGUUUUUUCUCGUUGGUGAUCCUUGCCAUAUGCGACGCGUCAUACAAAUUUACAUUUUUAGACAUAGGAGCAUACGGCAGUGAAAGCGACUGUAGUGUAUUCAGUGAAUCAAACUUCGGAAAAGAUGUUUUGAAUGAUAGGCUAUGUUUCCCAAAAGAUGCCACGUUGAAUGGAGUAAAACUUCCAUUCUUCUUCGUUGCUGACGAUGCUUUUCCACUUUGUAAAAGAAUCAUGAAGCCCUAUAGUUCGAGAGGAUUUACAGAUGAAGAGAAGAUUUUCAACUAUAGAUUAAGUAGAGCCAGACGAUGCAUUGAAAAUGCAUUUGGGAUUUUGUGUGCAAAAUGGGCUUGCCUAAAAAAAAACUCUUUAUUGUUCAUCAGAUAGAGCUCAGAAAAUAAUUACGGCAUGCUGUCUGCUACAUAAUUACCUAAUUAUGAACAAGUCCAGAACAUACUGCUCACCAGUAGAUGUAGAUAGAUUAGAUUUGGAUGGGAAGUUAGUUGAAGGAACAUGGAGAUCAACUAUGGUCAGCAGGACAGAAUCUAUGUACCACUCACGGUUGCCAACACGAGUGGGUCGAAAUUCAGACUAUGGAAAGUAUAUGAGAAGCAUAAUAAGGGAUUACGUGAAUUCGGCACUUGGCUCAUUGCCUUGGCAAAAGAAAGCAGCUUUUGUUUCAUGAAUAAAAAUAUUGAAAACAAAUUAUUCUUCUUUCUAAGCCACACUAUAGGGAAUCGAUGCUGGUCAUGGACUGGUCAUGCACAUAUGGAACACUUUUUUCAUAGAAACAUCUAUUGGCAGAACUUCAUCAGAACGCUAUAGCGAAAAAAGAAAGAGAAUAAAUCUCAGUUGCUUUCGAGUCCAUUAGGGCGUCUGUACCAGUGAUAGUGGCAAUAGUAACGGGUUGAGGAAUAAAAAAUCAGGUUAACUUCU